AUGGAGGAAUUGCAGACACUGGUACUCACCACUCUGGACCGUGACAAUGUCAUUGAGGACACCAAGAACCUCAAGUCCACUCAAGGCGAUGCAUUGGAUCAGCUUGCCGUCCUCGGCGUUCUCAACAGCUUGAAAUCGAAGGACAUGCUCGACUAUACUCCCCUUACCUAUGAGUACUGGCGUUUGACAGGCGAAGGUGAACAACUCGCCAAGGAGGGAAGCCACGAAGCUCGAGUUUUUGCUGCUAUUCCUGCCGGUGAGGAGGGCCUUGCUAUCAAGCAACUUCAGAGCAUCUUGGGUGCUACUGCCAAGAUCGGCCAGGGCAACGCCUUCAAGAAAAAGUGGAUUGCAAAGAAGGGCGAUAACUUGGUUCGAUGCGUCGAUACGAUUGAAGAUCAAACACAAAAGGAUCUGCAGCAAAUCCAAAGCACUGGUCAGCUCCAAGAUACUAAGACUCUCAAUGACCUCAAGAAACGUAAGCUUGUUGAGAAGCAAAAGACUACCUCAUACAAGGUGACCAAGGGCCCUGAAUUUGCACUUGAAGUCAAGAAGGAAGCCACUGAUAUUACAUAUGAGAUGUUGCAAAGUGGUGAAUGGAAGACCGCUACUUUCAAAAAGUACAACUUUGAUGCUGUUGGUGUUCCUCCUGCUGGUGGUCAUUUGCAUCCUCUCAUGAAAGUUCGUCAAGAGUUCCGUGAAAUCUUCUUUGAAAUGGGCUUCGAGGAAAUGGCAACCAACUGCUUUGCUGAAUCCAGUUUCUGGAACUUCGAUGCUCUCUUCCAGCCACAACAACAUCCUGCACGUGAUGCUCAUGAUACUUUCUUCUUGAAGGAUCCUGCUACCACUGAUCGUUUCCCUCGCGAUUUGAUGGAGAGAAUCAAGGUCACUCAUGAAAAUGGUGGUGAUACUGGAUCAACUGGUUACAACUAUGUCUGGAAGGAGGAGGAUGCUGGCAAGAUGUUGCUUCGUACACACACCACUGCUGUCAGCUCCAACAUGCUCUACAAGCUUGCUGAAAAGACAAAGGAGCUUGGUGAAUUCCGCCCUGCCAAGUACUUCUCCAUUGAUCGUGUCUUCCGAAAUGAAACUGUGGAUGCUACCCAUUUGGCCGAGUUUCACCAAAUUGAAGGUGUCAUUGCCGAUAAGAACCUUACUCUCGGUGAUUUGAUUGGUUUCAUGGACGUCUUUUUCAAAAAGAUGGGUAUGGAAAAGAUUCGCUUCAAGCCCACAUACAACCCUUAUACCGAACCUAGUAUGGAGAUCUUCUCUUAUCACAAGGGAUUGAAGAAGUGGGUUGAAAUUGGCAAUUCGGGUAUGUUCAGACCAGAAAUGCUUUUGCCUCUCGGUUUGCCACCAGAUGUUCGUGUCAUUGCAUGGGGUUUGGGUCUCGAGCGUCCUACUAUGAUCAAGUAUGGCAUCUCCAAUAUUCGUGAUUUGCUUGGCCACAAGGUCAAGAUUGACAUGAUCAAGGAAUACCCUAUUUGCCGCCUCGACAAGAAGAUGGGCAAGGAGUUGGCUGGCAUCAACGACGAUGAAGAAUAG